AACCUAGUUCCCGAAUGUUGACAACAUUGCUCCCCGUUGCACGUGACGGUAUCUCGUUUGCGGCCGCCGCUGCAGUAGGAGGAAGACGCUGCUGCCGAUUGCGCUUCCGCCUCGUCCGGCGGGCACAGUCAGAUGGCCGCUAUGGGCCCGGGCACGCUCCUUCUCCUGCCCGGCGUCUUGCUGGGCCUCUGUGCCGGGGACAGCCUCUUUCUUAGCCGACACUUAUUGCCGAGUGGCCAGGAAGAGAUGGUUUUGGGAGGCCGGCGCCGCCCCCUGUCCCUGGAAAUGUUGGAGGAGGCGGAGGACCUGUCUUUGCUGGGAUCGGGGCUCCUGGGGGACUUGCCUCUGCUGGAACUGGACCCGGAGUGCCAGGAACUCCUGACUGGCUUCACCAACAGUAGCGUGAGGCUGAUAGGUUGCUUACUGCGGAACGCCCGGCCUGUGAGGAUCUGCCAGAACUGCUACCACCAGUUCCAGGAGGUCACGAAUAAUUGGGGGAACAUCUCCACCGGCGUGGGGAACUCUGCGAGUAACAGCUGUGCCAACGUUCUUUUGAUGUCUGAUAGACUGCAGAUAGUUGUGAUCCUGUAUACAUUCUUUAGUGAAACGUGGGACAAAGCAAACUGUGCAAAUUGUUUAAAGAAUAACAGUGAAGGCUUAUCGAAUAGUACAAUGGCGUUUCUGGCCUUAUUCAAUGAAUCCUUGGCAUGCUUUCAACACAACCGCCAGGGGCAAGUAGACAGCUUGCCACCUGGAAACUACACAGAAGUAUGCAAGAAGUGCAAUGUGACUUAUAAAGAGCUGAAUGUCAUGUACAACACGAUGCAGAAGAGCAGUCCCAAACAUGAAUCUGGAGAACAAUCCCAUUUGUGUAUUGACGUGGAAGAUGCAAUGAACAUCACACGAAAGCUUUGGAGCACAACUUUCAACUGUUCUGUCCCCUGCAGCGAUACGGUGCCAGUGAUUGCAGUUUCUUCGUUCAUUCUCUUUUUACCAGUUGUUUUCUACCUGAGUAGCUUCCUUCACUCCAAACAGAAAAAACGUAUCUUGAUUCUGCCUAAGCGGAUCCAGUCAAAUGCCAGUUUUGUGAGCGUCCAAGAAAAAUGCAACUGAGCCUACAGAAUGCAAACCACAACACAAUGCAUAAAUAUAUUUGAUCACUCUGAAGGAGAUAAUUGUGGUUUAGCCUUGUGCAGUAUUGUAGCACAAGUUAAACAAAAUGGUAUGAAACCCUCAAAAGGGCUCAUGCACUGAAAAAGUUUUCAUUAAGACACUGUAUAUGGCCUCCUUGUGAAAGGAAAUAGACACUAUUUCCCCCCCUUCUAUACCUCUGUCUAACUUGGUUUCUGAUUGGUAACUUUUAAAUAUGUACUUGUUUUCAUUGCACAUUCCAAUCCUCACUCUUCUUUAUUUUGGACUGUUAAUCUAAUUUUAAUUUGUGUGUGGUGAAUUUAUAAGUUCACAACCUUUAUUAUAUUUUGUUUGUCUUUCACUUGAAUAUUGAUUGUUCAAGUGUGGCCAGAAAAUGAAAGUCAAACUACUGCCUUAACUGUUAACAGUAUUCUGCAACAUUUGGUUAUAGAAUCAAAUUAUUUCUUGAAAUGCCACAUACAUUAUGUGAAAUAGCUUUGAUAGUUUGAAAUGUCUUUUUACUGGGUACAGAGAAAGCAGAAUGCUACUCAUCUGAAUUAUGUAAUGUUAAUGGAAUCCUGCCUGGGCAGAAACUGUGUGUCUUUUGAUACUGCUGUGGAUUGGGUCCAGUCAUCCAAGUGCCAGGCUAUAAUUGUGGGAUCGUGCUUACUGAGGAACUAUUACUUUUUAAGUACAAAUAUAUUUAUUAUAAUUGAAACAA